UUGACUGAAUCUACCACAUUUCAGAAUGUGGCAUUCCAAAACUACCACAUUUCAAAAAAGUUUGCCAAAUCUACCACAUUUGGAUGCCACACGCAGAGAUCCGGACCAAAUUACCUCUGAUUGAGACAGAUGUGUGUGUCAGAUCAAUGGACAUCUUCGAGCGUCGCGGGAGAAGAGGGAGCAGUGUGCAUUUAAUGCACAGAUGUGUGUGUCAGGGUAAAAGGGACAUCUUGGGGCGUCGCGGGAGAAGAGUGAGAAGGUGCAUUUAAUGCUGGGACGUUUACAAGUUGUGUGUAGAUCUGGGUAAACUAGAAUUCUGGGGAGAAAACCCUUAUGCUGGACGAAAUUGAAGUUGGGGUAGAAGGAAGGACAGUAAAAGCUUUUGAAGGUUUCAAUGGACGAAGGAGUAAUGAUAUUGGUCGGAUCAUGGGAAUGCAAAGAAAGUGGUGAGUGGCGAUUCAAGAUGUCAGCAAAGAAAUAUGCAAAGUGUGUAGAUGUAGGAGAAGGAGACACAAUUACUGAUGUUGAACAGAAAAUUGCUACAGCGUUUGGAGUAAACAGGAAAAGGACAAAAUUGGAGCUGAGUUUUUGGUUCGAAGGAGGAGACACUGUCUUCACGCAACAAAAGAUGCCUCCUGUCUCUGUUGAUAGCGAGAGUUCAUUGUCGAAGUUCAAAAAGUUAAGGGUAGAUAAAGGAGGUAUGAACAUGUAUCUAACUUUAGUAGAAGACGAUGAAGAGUGUGCAAACACCAGGGGACAACACGCAAUCAACGGACCAGAUUCGAAUGCUGUCGGGGACAACGCAGUGGAGAGUGCUGGUGACAGCACACAGUUUAUCCCAGUUAGUUUUGAGGAAGAGGAAUUUUUAGCUGAGAUAUAUGAGUUUGAAGAGUCUUAUAAGAGGAAGAAAGCUUUGCUUGACAAGGAAAAUGCAAAGAAGCGACGAGAAGAGGAACUAGUUGGAGAAUUGGAUACGGGUAGCGAUUGCGGGGGAUGGGAAUCCGACUCAGAAGAUAAUAUGUUAAGUGAGGAAGAAGAUUCCGGAGAUUAUGACUUUGAUGCCAUGAGUAAGUUGAUAGAAACAGAGUACCCACCGGAUUGGGAUCCUUGGAAGAUUUCAAAGGAGAAAACAAUAACGACUGAAGACGAAAUAUUGCGGGGACAGGUGGAUGACAAUGUGGUGGGGGACCAGAUCGACUAUUUAAUGAGGGGACAAUCGGGGUUUCAGCUAGUUGAAGUUGAGGUUGCUGAGAUGGGCAGAAGAGAAAGUAGUGCUGGAGAGGGAAGUGUAGAAAUGUCAAUCUAAAUGGGGCAAAUAAAAAUGAGGCAAAUAGGGGCAAAUUCGCAGGGGACAGAAACGUCGGAUAGUUUAAUUCCUCCUUGGGACAGUAGUUGUGGAAGAAGGAAUACAGGCAGUGGACGAAAUCAGGCUGCGUUAGGGCUAGUGGACGUUCCGGUUACAGCAUUGCCAAGAAGAGAAGAUGCUUCACCUUUUGAUGACGGAGAAGGACAAGGAAAUAGAGAGGAGGGCUUGGGCGGUAGGGUUGGAGAGGAUAGACGAAUGAGAGAAAGAGGGACAAGUGCGCUAAGGAAAUAAACGAUUGAUACUGACUAUAGAGGGACCACAUGGGACGCGACUGGACGAAAUCAUAUGCUUCUGGAAGGAAGACCAGAUGCUUCAGCUUUUGAUGUCGGAGAACGACAAGAAAAUUUACAAGAGGAGGUCAUGGGUUGUAGUGGUGGAGAGGAAAGUGCAGAAAUGUCAUUCCAAAUGGGGCAAACAAGUUCGCAACUUACAUUGGGUGAAAACAUGUUUACUGAAUUAGUGGGGGACGAUCUUGAGAUGAUUAGAGAUACCGCACCAUUUAAGGACAACGCAAAAGGAGUUGCUCAAGACACAACAAACAUGAAUCUUAGGAAGGCGGGUGAUUCAAUAUAUAUUGGAAAGAUAUUCAAGAACAAAGCCGAGUUGCAUAGGGCGUUGUGUGUGUACUCUAUUAAAAGGCUAUUCAAUUUCCGAAUUAAAGCUUCAGACAAAAGGCGGGUAAUUGCGAUAUGCCAUGAUUCCAAAUGUCACUGGAGGAUAUAUGCAACGUUU